AUGAGCGCCGUCACCGAACCAAUAGUUGGAGCACCUCCAACUCCUCCCAUUCAGAACGAGGUGCCUGGGAACCCCAGCCCGGGUCCAGAUUAUGUCGCAGACGAGGUCCUGCCACCGGGCCAGACGAUGCCUCCGUUGUCGCAACAAAACUUGGAGCACACACAACCACCACCGCCAGUCCCGCAGCCGAAGGCUGACAAGAACUCGGUCGAGUACGAUCCUUUCGCUGGAUUGUCGUUUAAAGUUGGGGUGUCGGAAAACAAGAAUUCCACGUAUAGAAGCAAGAUGGAAGACGUCCACACGUAUAUUGCAAACUAUGCCGAACGGGUCGACUGGGGGUACUUUGCCAUUUUUGACGGACACGCGGGGAAGGAUAGUGCUCGGUGGUGCGGCAACAACUUGCACACCUUGUUGGAAGAAGAGAUUGACUUUGAGUUGCGAAGUCAGCAGCCAACCCCACCGCCACUGCACAAGAGCUCCGACGCGUCACUCAAGGCGAAGGAACAGUCUUCAGCUUCAGGUGCUCGGGGCAGGGCAGACGACUCGCUUGCCUCGGCUUCGUCGACGUCGACAUUGUCGUCGUCAUCGUCGAAUUUGCCCUUGAACGGGAAGUUUGAUUUGAAAGAGCAUUUGUACAGAAGCUUUUUGAAAGCAGACGAGUUGAUCGAAAAGAAUGGACAGGGAGCCUCGGGGUGCACGGCAGCAGUGGCAGUAUUGCGCUGGGAGAGCGAAUCUGAAGACGACUGCAUGGUCAACGCGACGAAUUUGAAGCAGCAAAACGCUCCGAGUAACGGACCCACCAAGAAGUUUGAUUUCGUGCCCCUGCCCAACCACAAGAGAAUGCUAUAUACGGCAAAUGUCGGAGACUCGAGACUAGUGCUUUGUCGAAGCGGACAACCUUACAGGCUAUCCUACGACCACAAGGCAUCUGACUCCAACGAGAUUGAUAGAAUUGAAAACUCGGGCGGGUUGAUUUUGAAAAACAGAGUCAAUGGCAUCCUCGCCGUGUCGAGAUCGCUAGGCGACUCGUACAUGAAAGGUUUGGUGCUUGGCAAACCAUUCACGACAUCGACGGAAAUACUACCAGAGGACGAAUUUAUGAUUAUUGCUUGCGAUGGGUUAUGGGACGUGCUAUCUGAUGCCAAAGCAUGCAAGUAUGUGGCUCAAUGUUUCAGCAAAGGGUUGGGAGUGCAAGAGACGUCGAAAAAGUUGUGUCAGCUCGCAAUCGACAACUCGACAACGGAUAACGUUACCGUAAUGAUUAUCCAAUUCGAGAGCGAAGUCUUUGCCAAACAAAAUUAA